AUGGCUAUGAGCAGGCUAUCCAACAAAACCCUGGUUGUCGCUGGCUCCGGGGCCACCAUGGCCACAGGAAAUCUGAUCUACAUGCUUGGUGGCAUAAACUUGCAAGAUCUCGACAAGCUGCAUCAAAAGAGCAUAAACUCUUACGAAAAAGCUGUGCAGGAAUUGAAAGACGCCAACGAGCUGUACUUCUACACCCCGCGACAUAGGGUUACUGUCAAAGAUCGAACCGAAUCUGCUGAUGGCCUUCUUCUCGUUGUAACGCCGCCUCUUCAGGCAGCUGACGGAUUUUUUACUCAAGAUAUUGUUGAUGAGGUUAAAAGCUUGGAGUCGUUCUUUAUGAAAGGGAAAGCUAUAAUCCUGGUCAAGACUCCCGAAACCCAUGAGCGGUCGGAAAGCGAAUACAACGAUUUAGUGCGAAGUAUAAAAGCUGCACUUCAGAAUCUUGGCAUAUCGGCUGAAAGUACUCCUUUCAUUCCAAGCAACCUUCACGGCGAGAACUUUAUCGAACUCUCUCCCAAGACACCUUGGUAUAACAGUGUCACGUUGGUUACUAGUCUAGAUGAGAUCUUGUAA